AUGGCUCAGCUGCCUACGAGUGAAUAUUAUAAAUACAUGGUGGACUUGUGCUUGAGGGGUUGUGGGAAGUUGAACGGGAAGGCGGUUAAUUUGUUCAUCAAGAGAUGUGCCGCUCUCUCUCAUAUUGACCUCUUCGAUAUCCCUUCGGCCGCUGUUGAUUCGACCUUCGCUGGUGUUCGAAGGACUUGCAAGAAGUUGAAGAUAAUCCGCGUUGGUGAGAGCUCGAGCAUUGGACUCGUUAAUGCCAACGGGCAGGAGCACUUCGUCGUCGGUUUACCUCCAGUAUGA